GCGGCGCGGUUCCGCUGGCGCUGAGGGUUCGCGGGGCGGUCGCCGCACCGGCACCGCUGAUCCGGGCCCUGCCCAGCCCGGCCUCUGCCCGCUCCGCCUUAGCUUCACCGCGCGGACCGGAGCCCUGAUGGACAUGAGAGUGGAGCAGAGUGCAUCCUGACCCCUGCCAGCCUCCAUGGCAAUGGACGAGUGGAAGCCCAACCCUGCUGCCAAAGCCCACAAGAAGCGGAGCUGGUACCUGGCCUGGAAGUACAAGCUGAUGAACCAGCGUGCGCUGCGGAAGCUGUGCCAGACAGGUGCUGUCCUCUUCCUGCUUGUGACUGUAAUUGUGAACAUCAAGCUGAUCUUGGACACCAGGAGAGCUGCUUAUGAGGAGGAGGAGGAGUCUGCACAGGACUAUGAUGAUGAGAUGCUGAAUGUGGAGGUUCCUAGGCACCCUGUCAGCAACAAGAAGGUCUUGGAUGUUGAGGUGUACUCCAGUCGGUCUAAGGUCUACGUGGCUGUGGAUGGGACAACGGUCCUGGAAGAUGAGGCUCGGGAGCAGGGAAGAGGGAUCCACGUCAUCGUCUUAAAUCAGGCCACGGGUCAUGUGAUGGCCAAGAGAGUCUUUGACACCUAUUCUCCACAUGAAGAUGAAGCCAUGGUGCUUUUCCUCAACAUGGUCGCCCGAGGCCGGAUCCUGAUCUUCACCAUUAAGGAUGAAGGCUCCUUUCACCUCAAGGACACAGCCAAGAAUGUCCUGAAAAGCCUGGGCAGCCAAGUUGCACCAUUUCUGAGCUGGAGAGACAUGUGGACAUUUGCAGGGAAGAAGGGAGGUGAAGUGUAUGGGGAGAAGCACGCCAAGUCGCCUGCCCUCUCUACGUGGGGUGACCCUGUGCUGCUGAAGACAGAAGUUCAUCUGACAUCUGUGGAAGAUGCUGAGUGCCACUGGCCUGACACCGAGCUGAACCGCCGCAGGAAGAGGUUCUGCAGCAAAGUAGAAGGCUAUGGCAGUGUCUGCAGUUGCAAAGACCCCACACCCAUUGAGUUCAACCCUGAUCCUCUCAAGGACAAUAAAGUCUUUGAUGUGCCUGUAGCUGUUAUUGCAGGGAACCGCCCCAACUACCUGUACAGGAUGCUGCGCUCCCUGCUGUCGGCUCAGGGCGUCAAUCCACAGAUGAUCACAGUCUUCAUCGAUGGGUACUAUGAGGAGCCCAUGGAUGUUGUGGAGCUGUUUGGCCUCUCAGGAAUCCAGCACACUCCCAUCAGCAUUAAAAAUGCCAGAGUUUCCCAGCACUACAAAGCCAGUCUGACUGCAACCUUCAACCUGUUCCCGGAUGCUAAAUUUGCUGUGGUUCUGGAAGAAGAUCUUGACAUUUCUGUUGACUUUUUCAGCUUUCUGAGCCAGUCAAUACACCUUCUAGAGGAGGACGAGAGCCUGUACUGCAUAUCAGCUUGGAAUGACCAGGGCUAUGAGCACACAGCUGAGGACCCCUCGCUCCUGUACCGUGUGGAGACCAUGCCAGGCCUGGGCUGGGUGCUCCGAAAGAGCCUGUACAAGGAUGAGCUGGAGCCAAAGUGGCCAACCCCUGAGAAGCUCUGGGACUGGGACAUGUGGAUGCGGAUGCCCGAGCAGCGGAGGGGCCGGGAGUGCAUCAUCCCUGACGUCUCGCGCUCCUACCACUUCGGCAUCGUCGGGCUCAACAUGAACGGCUACUUCCAUGAAGCCUAUUUUAAGAAGCACAAGUUCAACACAGUACCAAAUGUCCAGCUUAAAAAUGUGGAGAGCUUGAGGAAGGACGCCUACGAGACUGAAAUUCAUCGGCUUCUGGGUGAGGCUGAGGUUUUGGACCACAGCAAGAACCCCUGUGAGGACUCCUUUGUGCCCGACACCGAGGGCAAGGUCUAUGUCAUGUUCAUCAGGAUGGAGCAAGAAGCAGAUUUUACCACCUGGACUCAGCUUGCCAAGUGCCUCCACAUCUGGGACCUGGACGUCCGUGGCAACCACAAGGGGCUGUGGCGGCUCUUCCGCAAGAAGAACCACUUCCUCGUGGUGGGGGUCCCUGCCUCCCCCUACUCGUCCAAGAAGCCCUCAUCAGUGACCCCAAUCUAUAUGGAGCCUCCUGCUAAGGAGGAGGGGGCAGCGGCAGUGCCAGCAGUUGCUGCAGCAGAGCAGACGUGAGACUGGCAGCUGAGAAGCGCAGGGGACCCAGGUGAAGACAGAGGCCCCCACAGUGCAGAGACAGAGGUGGCAGCAGCUCUUGGAGGCUGGUAGCUGGACAUGGACUCCCAUUGCAGGCUGCAAAAUGAGAUUGCAGAGUCCCUCCAGCCCCCUGUUGUGAUGUCCCUCUUUCUGGCACGGAACAGGGUCCUUCCCUGUAGAUAUCCCACCCCCUGCCCCAGGAACUUCUGGUUUUUAACACAGACUCUUUACUAACGCUGCUCCUUUUGCCCCCUGGCUGGGCAAGGUCAGAGGAAGGAGAUGCUCAGCUUGGGGCUGGAGGGGGCCUGGAGAAACACUUCUGCUUCCCUUUUUGGCCCUGAGUAGGCAGCAUGCUCCUGUGCAAGUGCUGCAGCCUACCAGCUGGGUGUUAUUUAUUAAGUCUUGCCUGGCUGGCUCUGUGCCCACUCGUGAAGAGGGGAUCUUCCAGCAUCUGUUCUGUCUUCUGCACAAUGGAUGCACCUUGAAGACUGUCUGAGUUGGACAUCUCCACACACACUGGCUUCUCCUCUUGGGCUGCAGGGACUGGUGCAGCCCAACUCGCAGGCCAAAGGCGGUGCUGAAGAUCGGAGCUUGCCGUGAGGGACAGGCGGGAGAGUGGUCAGGUGCCCCCUUCCUUUCUCUGCAGUUCUGGGAGGUGGAGAUGGCUGUAGGUGGAAGUGGACCAGGCUAUGUGCUGUGGCAUAGACCAUCCUCACCCACCUUCUCUGUGGGGAGCAGCCCAGCCCCCCCAAAGUCAUGGAAGAGGGGGUGAAAGUGCCUUGCAGAGCGAGAUGGGAGCAGCCAUCGGGCAUCCUGCCAUCUGCAGGGGCAGGAUGGACCAGGGUCCUCUGGAGCAAGAGGUGCUGUGUAUGAUCCUUGACUGUGGUACUGUACCCUUCUCUCCCUCUUCCCUGGCCAGACACCCCCAGCUUUUGCUGAAGGCAGAGUGGGUAUCUUCUCCUGAACCCCUCCCCUUACUGUGGUACGUCACUAGCAGGGCGGCAGGGAGCUGAGCCAGGAUGGGCAGCCUGGCUCUCCUGCUGUGGUACACCCCUCAUGCAGAGGGAGGGGGGUCCCUGUCUCCCCUCCCGUGCCUUAGAAAGGACCCCAGGGCCCCUCCCACCCCCAGCCACUCGGUACUAAUGUUGCCUCUCCCUGCACUGGGGCCAGUCCUGGUCCCCUGGCUCAGUACACCUCCCUGUGUCAUCCAUGCAGCAAGACCUCUGCUCUCUGCCCUGGUCCCCAAGCCUUGGGCAGGGAUGCCACAGUCAGACUUGCCCUUGGGAGGAGGAUUUGCUGCUCAUCCCUUUUCCUGUGGUUGCAGGGGCUCUUGCCCUUCAUUUUCUCACUGUGAACUGAGUGUUGGGGUCUACACUACACUAACUUAUUUAUUUAUUGCUUGUGGGAGGGGGAGGUAGGAGGAAGGCAGCAGGGAGAGUUGGCAGCCCCCAGUCUGCACAGGGGCGGUCGUGGAGGCUUGUUUCUUCUUCUGCUGGCUCCAUCCUCUGUUGCUCUCCUUUCUCCCUUGCCCAGCAUAGGAAUGAAUAGUUGUGAGCCCAGGAAAUCUGCUCCUUUGGCCAAAAUGAGCCCUGUAUGGAUGCAGCACGGCUCUGGCAUGACUGCAGGCAUUCUGACCCUCACAGCCACUUGCAUGCCUGUCCCAGCAGCAGGGAUGGAUGUAGAAGGGAAAUGAGGUUGUGGGAUUGGAUUGGCACCCUUGAGACUGCAGUACCAGGCUUGGGUUCAGCCCUGCCCUCUCCAGUGCUGCCCUUCCCUUAAAUCCUGCUCUGGCAGCCAGUGGGCAGAUGGCCACUCUAUGCUGGCCCAUGGGGUAAAGCAGGUCCUUCCAGUGUGAUGGGAAAGGGACUUGGCUUCUUCCUGGAAAAAGCAGCUUGCUUCCUGCAACUUGCUUUGGAAAACUUCUGCAGCUCUCCACACUGAUGCCUUCUUGGCAUCUCUGUUCCCAAGGCCCAGAUUCCUUUCUCCCUGAACUAAAUGCACCCCCUUUCCCUUCUUCUCUGGCAGUGCUCAGGCUUGGCUUCCUCCUCACUCCUCCUGGGGCUGGGGAAGGUGGUUCUAUGGAUAGGGAAUGACUAAAUUGCAAGUUCCCCUCUCUGCUGCCUGCCCUGCAGGGCCCAGGAGGCUGUGGCUCUGCUCUCAGAGAUAGGAGGGCUUGACUGGUGGGCUUCAAGCUCUCUGCACACAGCAAUGUGCCCGCUGAGUGCUGCUCUCCCUCCCUCCCCCUUCCUCCAGCAAG